AUGUCAUCGCAGAACGCAUCAUCGUCCUCUAACCAGGAGGGAGAGCAACAAUCCCCGGUUACAGCCGUGGCGACAACGGAAUUCCCAUUGUUCCUCGAGUUGCCGACUGAGAUCCAGAUAGAGGUCUGGGAGUGGGCUUUUUGGGCUCCCCGUGAGCGCCGGCUCGCAGUUCUACGAACCUCGAGCGUGCCGUCUCCAGCCCUAUCACACCAGGUUUUGGGUCUCAAUAACCUGCAAGUCACUAUAAGCUGGCCCGUGUCGAACCCUCAGUAUCUAGCCGAAACUAACCAUGUCGCUAAUCUUCUGUCAGCUGCCCACCGCAGUCACGUCGUGAUUAGCUCGUUGGUUCAACGGAACCUGGACACACCAUGGCUCCGACGCUUAGGACUGGCCCGAUAUCACAUCAACCCACAAGUUGACAUCGUCUUCUUUGGGGGUGACCGGAAUCUCAUCGGUGCUAAUCGAUCUCUCAUGGCUGCCACUUUGGUCCUGGGUGAGGAGCUACCAUGUGUCAUGUGUCCAGCAUCCGAUUUCGCGCGACUGGUCAAUGCGGACCUCCAGCGUGGCUCUGUUGACCCGGUCAGUACCGCUCUCAACACCUUGCGGAGCGUCAACCCAGUCUGGUCCGCAUUAUUCCGUCACGCGCCAGACAGUCUCCCCAGUCCGAUGCUGCCAAGGACCAUGUACUUCUUGCUAAGAACAGAUGCUCCCAGAUCAGCUCGGUGCGCUCAUGGACAGGGCGAAUGUCUCCACUUUGAGCACCUAGAGCUGUUUGACUUAUCUGCUUCUGAGACUUGGAACCUUUCCUUCCAGGGCCUUUCUAGUCUCCCGAGUCAAAAUCGUUUUUACCGGAACAUUACAAUUAUAAGCGACAUUAGGACGUUCUUUCGCAACGUAGCAGCGCUUCCGGGCUUCACAGGUACGAUCCCCGAUAUCCUCUUUGUUCAGUUGACUGGCAGAGCGGAGCGCUGA